AUGAAACCUGUCGCAGGAGUAUUUGCGACUCUCUCACUUCUCGCCUCUGCGACUCCGAUUGAGAGCAGCAGUGCCAGCAACAGCAACAGCAUCACCUCGCACGUCCGCAAUGCAAACUACAUCUUUAAUUCCCUGCACUCGUCCAUGCGACAAUGGGGCUCUGCAUGGCACCACAACGGCAUGUCCUUCUACCUCGCAAGCGUGCCUUCAGGCACACAGUUCUAUCACGGCACCCAGUCUGCGGACCGAGUGAAUGGCACCGAGUGGCUGGCCUUUGAGCCCGAGCAUGCCCUGAAUUUCGCUCGUCCAAGGCAUGGCAGGGGCCCUGGGAAGGGUCCUGGUGGUGGUCCUCCUCCGGGUGGUCCUCCCCCUCCUCCUCCCUUCGCAAUGAGGAAAGAGAAAAUGAACAAGGGCAAGCAAGAGGUGCUGUUGCCUGGCGAUAAAGCGGAUAAUGAAGGACAAAGAGAAGAAGAAGAGGAAGAAUGGGGCUAUCUCCAUACCUACGUUGCCAACAAAGACCUACGCUUGCUGUACAUCGACGGCCUCUCAGCCGGAAAGACAGAUAUGGGAACAACCGAUUCCGGAGAUCGCAUCUUUCUGCAAGAUCGCAAUCUUACCCUUUCCGACAACGAUCAGCGAACGCACCAAGCUGGGCCCGGCGGUGAAUAUGCACGGGCUCGCAUUGGCUGCGAGAUCGCGCGAAAUGACUGGAACGACCGCAUUGAUGGUGUGCUGCGCGCCGAGGCCGGGUUUGAAAUCAUCCUAUGUGAUUUUGCGCGCGAUCUAGACGUUGUGCGUAUCAAUGCUGUGAAGAAGGAUGAUGAUGAGACUUUUCCUGCCGGGUUUGGGAAUAGCGGGUAUUUCUACCGCUCUAUAGCAGCGCGGUUUGAUGGCAUUGGUGGUGAACGUGUCAAGAUCAACUAUGACAAUUUCAUCACGGCGUUCACCUACGAAGAACUGGAUUUGUUCAAUGGCGGGAAGAACCAAAUGCCUCGAUUAAACCACUUUUCCACCGAAGAGCUACAGCCUAUUCGGGAUGACCUCACCCGGUUCGUGAUGGAGCAUGAGACUACGGAGGAAUCGUCGUUCAACUGGCAGAGUAUCGUUGAUAUGAUAGUCACGAAAUACUCGAAUCUGCUCAUGUUCUUUGCUUCGGAUGAGAUGGAGUCCCUGCAGAGUCUGCAGGCGAACAUCACGACUAUUUUCCUCGCCUUUAUCGACGGUCGUCGGCGCGAUGCACUCGCUGAAACGGAGCGGUGCGCAACGCAAUUCAUCGCUAACCCGAACAACAACCGUCUUUCGCCUCGCCAGAACGUGCACAAAGGCAAGUCUCUUGCUGGCCAGGUUGUCUAUGAUGUGUCGUACAGUAUCUGCUCCACCUUGCGUAGCGUGCUAGACGAUACUGAUUUCAUGGUGGCCACGUCUCGUAUUACAAAUCUCAUUGAAUAUCUGGCGUGGACUACGUGGAAAGAAUGCAAGACUAAAUGUGCCUAUAACCAGGCUUGCUUUAUCCCCAUCUGGCCCUUCGGCACGGUGCAGGAUCGCUUGGAUCCGCAGUGCAAGGAGGGCGAGGAUGAUUCCAGAGGUGGUGAGAGAUACUGGCGAGGUGGAUUUGGGGGUGGGAAACCUCGUGAGGAUGGUUGGCAUGAGGAGUUGUAG